AUGAAUGAAAACAUAAAAAGUCACAAUUAUUUGAAAGAAAAAAAUAUAUUAAACAAAAAUCCAAGCAAUUUAGUCAAUGCUGACAUAUUAAAAUUUAAUACAAAUAUAAAAAAAAAUAACAAUGUAGAAAGAUUUUAUCAUGAUAAAGUAAGUGAUUCUAGUAACAUGUAUAAUAAAAAUGGACGCCACAUUAAUAAAAGUGUUGGAGCAGAAAAAAAUGUAUCAGGAAAUAAAACAACUAAUUUAGUAAAUAUUAAAAAUAACAAUCAACGAUUCUUUUCAAAAAGUGAAAAUGAAAAGUGCGUAAUUCGGAAUAUAAAUAUGAGAGAGGAUAAUUAUACUACUAACAUUAUUAAGGGUGAAGAUAAUGAUAUUAUAAAUAAUAGGAAAAAUGCUAAUAUAAGCAAUAAUGAACGUCUUUAUUUGAAAAGUAGUGAUGAUAAAUUAACAAAAAACAUAAAUACAUCAAGAUAUGAAUAUGAAAAUAUAUUAGGAGAUAAUAAUAAUAAUAAUAAUGGGAACGGCAUUCGUAAUGAUAUUGAAAAAGACAAUAACGGCAACAAUAAUGGAUACUAUUCUUAUAAUUGUAAAAAUUUGAAAAAAUCUAAAGAACCUAAUAAUAGUUUAGACUCCUUUUAUAAAAGAAAAAGAGAAAUGGAAGAAGAAACUUAUGACAAAAAACGAAUUAAUAAUUCUCUUAAUAAAGAUUAUUAUUAUAACACUUAUACAAAAACAGAUAUAAAUGAUUCACGUAUGAAUAUAAAAGAUAUUAAAAUUAAGGAUAUAUCUGAAAAUAUUUCAAAAAUUAAGAAUUUGCAAAAUGAUAUAUUGAAUGUGAAAAACACAGAAAAGGCAAGAAGCAUGGUCCAUAAUAUAUCUGAAUCUGAAAAAAAAAUGUUUAACACUAUAAAUCAUAGUAACAAUAGUACAGAAAUCCUUAGUCUUCAUUCAUUUAAUACGAAUGAAAGUUGUAAUUAUGAUAAAUAUGUGAAAGACAUAUUUAAUAAAAAUUAUGAUUAUAAAAAAAUAAAAAAUCCUGAAAACUCAUAUUUGGAAGCUGGUGAAAAUAUUAUAUCUCGUUCAUGCACGAUAGAGAAAGAACAGAUAAAUAACAGUGAUGAUUUUAUUCGGCGUAAUUUUAUGUACGAUAAUAAAUUUGAGACAAAAAUAAAUGAAACUAAAAGUAACAAAUUUGAGAAAAAUAUGUUAACUGAUAUAAAAGGUAAAAAUUCCAAUGAAUAUAUUUUAAAACACAAAAAAAAUUACAAUGAAGAAAAAGGAAACAAUUUUUGUGACAAUGAAUUUAAACAAAAUAAAUAUGAUUUGAUUUCUUAUUCUUUUAAUGAACAAGAAGAAUCUAUGAAUGAUUAUAUUAGCAAUACUGAUUUUGUUAAAAAUAAGAAUGAGGAAUUAAAUAAAUUGAUAGACAUAAAUAAAAAUCAUCAAUCUCGCGAAGAUAAAAGUGAAGAACAAAAUGCUACAUUUACUAUUUUAAAUAAAGAGGAUAAUAUUAACAUGGAAACUCAGGAAUAUAAUAUUAGUCAUGAAGGUAGAAAAUUAUUAUAUAAUAAUGUGAAAAAUGUAAAUGAGAUCGAAUUUAAUGAUGAUAUUCUAAAUGAUUUUAGAAUGGAUAUUUCUAAACCUAUAGAUACUAAAAAUACAAUUAACCUAUCUCAGGAGGAGUCAAAUAUUAUUUAUAAGAUUAAUAAUAGCAACGAAGAUGCGAAAAAGGAUUAUUUGGAAUAUGAUUUAUCUUAUAAUAAUUGUAAAAAUCAAAACAAUAGGUUAAAAAAAAUUGACGCUUUGAACGAUAUUAUGAAUACAUAUAAGCAUAAAUUAGUAGAUAACACAAAUAAUGUUUUGAAUAAAGGUCAAAAUAAAAGUGACGAAGAUGAUGAAAAUUUACUAAAUAUGAAAGGAACUGAAAGUAAAAAAGAUAAUGUGUUAGACCAUAAAAGCAUAAUAAAUGAGACAAAUUUGAUAAGUAUAACAUCAAGUAAAAAAAAUAAUAAUAGCAAUGUUAGCAACGUUCGAAAUGUUAAUUCAGAUGACAUCAGUAGCACAUCUAGCGAAAAUAAAAAGAAUUUAAUAAAAAAAUCCAAAUAUAAUGAAUCAGUAAGUAAAAGAUUGUUUUCUACUCAUACAUUGUCUUCUAAUAAUAAGUGUGUGUCGAAUGCUAACUAUUUAAAAAAUAACAUAAAGACAUCAAUAAAGAAUAGUUUCAAAGAAACAUAUAAAAAGAAUAAUUUGGAUCGUCAUAAAACGAUCGGAUUUAACAGAACCAAUACAAACUUGGAUAAAAUAAAUAGCAAUAUAUCACGAAAUAAUGGAAUAACAAAAAAUAGUAUUCAGAAAUUUCCUAGUUCUAAUAUGCAUACAAAUCUAAGUAAUAUUCAAUCCAAGAAAAAGACUAUAGAUAAUACAGUAAAUAACAAUUAUAAAAAUAGUGCAAUUGAAAAUACAAAUUUAGAAGAAAAUAACGAAAAAAUAAAAAAAAGGCAAAAAAUAGAAUGUAAUAAAACAUAUAAUAAUUCAUUCGUGGAAAGGAUGAAAAAAAAAAAUCCUAACGAGUAUGUAGAUGGGAAUAAAAAUGCAUUUAUUCAAAAAAAGUUUCAAAUUUGUAACAAUAUAAAUUUUGAAAAAAGUAAAACAAAAAUGUUCUUAUCCAAUAAUAAAAGUAUUACUAAUAAUGGAUAUAAUAAAAAUGGAUUAUCUUCUGAAUUAGCAGAGAAAAAAGAAAUUCUGAAAAAUUCCGAUAAGCUUAGCAUUGCUAAGAAAUAUGAGCAUAGCGGACAUGUGGAAGUAGGAACAAAACUUGAAAGAGGACUGGGAAAAGAAAUUGAAAUUGGAUUACAAGGGGAAAUUUCUAUUAAUAGUAAAUUGGAAGAAAAGGUGGAGGUCCCAUUAUACAAGCGAAAUAGUGGGGGGGAAGCUUUUCGUGAAAAUGUGAGGGACACAAAUGAAUCAAAUAUAAAUUAUAAUAGCAGAAGCAAUAGUAAUAAAGCAAAAGCAAACGCUUUAAAUAGAGAAAGAGCAAAUACUAACAAGGAAAUUCGUACAUUACCGUCAAGUAACAGUAUUCCCAAAAGUGGAAAAAAUACUUUACUCGUAAAAAUACAAAAUACUAAUAAUUAUAUGAGGUAUGGAUCUAAAGUUAAAGAAAUAGAAGAUAAUAAGUUAAAGGUGAAAAGUUUGGCAAAUAAUAAUAAAGGAAUAGAUAAUAAAUAUGCGUCUAAAUGGGGUAGUAAUAAAACCAGUUCUUCCUCUAAUAUUACUAAUAAUAUUGUGGGUAAAAAAAAUAAUAUGCUUGUAAAAAAGGAUGAAAUAAAUAAAAAAAAAAAAGAAAUAUUCAACCAAGUUGCCAAAAUUAAUACCAAUAUAAAUCCUGGUGUAGAAAAUAAACAGAUUAGUUUGCAGACAAAAAAACAACAUAAUAAAAUAAUAAAUAAGGAUCAGAGUAGUACUAAAAAUUCAAACAAUUACAAUAAUAAAAAAUGCACACCUAACAGUAACAUCAAUCAAAGUACCAAUGAUACACGAAAAAUAAAUGAAAAUAAUACCAAUCGAAAUUGUAAUAAGAAAAAAAAUAAUAAUAAUAAAGAUAUUAUAAGCAAAGAAAUGGAAAAAUAUAAAUAUUUGAUGAAAAAAAACAAAAUAAAAAGUAAUUCGAUUCCUCCUGGAAAUCAGAAAGAAAUAGAAAAAAAUGCAAAUAAAUAUGAAUGCCGAAACAAUUAUAGAAGUCGAGAUGACUAUGGUUGUAAUAAUAAGUAUGGAAGAUUAUGUAAAAAUAAGCAAAUUAAUUAUGACAAUAUGCUAUUUUUAAAAGGUAAAAAAGGGAAAUGUGAAAGCGAUAAUGAAUACCCUUACAUUGUACAGGAGGUACAGAACCAGAGUUGCUACAUUAACAAUAAUAAUGAUAUAAAAAAUGAUGAUGUUUUGGAAUAUUUGAAAGAUAAGGAUGAAAACACAUCUAAAAAUAUUAAUACAAGCAAUUCCCUUAAUAAUGGCGAGGAACAAAAAGAGUUGUCUUAUUUUGAGUGGCUAGCUAAAGAACAGGAGAAGAAAGAAAAUGAAAUGAACAGGAACCAAAAAAUAAAUAAACAAGACAAAUUAUAUCACGAAAAAACAGAGAAUGAAAGGGAUGAAGAUAGCGCUUUAAAUAAAGGGGUAUUAAAUAAGCAUAAUGAUGGUGCAAAUUAUGAUAAGAUGGAAGACAACGAACAUGAAGAGGAGGAUAGCGAAGACGAUAAAGAAAAUGAUACUAAUGUAAUGCUACAACCAUUACUUGCUUUUAAUUUGAAACAAAAUGAAAAAUCUUAUGAGCAAAACGAUUUUAUAGUUGAUAAACAUCCAAUAGGAAAUGGAAGAACAGGAUUAGUAUUUAAAGCUAUCAUAAGAAAAGAAAAUUUGCAAGUUGCAUUAAAAGUAAUGGCAAAAGAUACAAUUUUAUCACUAAAAAUAGAAAGGCAAGUAUUAAAGGAAAUAAUUAUACAAUCAAGUUUAAAACAUAUAAACAUUUUAGAUUUAAUAGCUUAUUUUGAAGAUAAAACACGUUUAUUUUUAGUAUUAGAAAUAGCAAAUGGUGGAUCUAUAAGAAAUAAAAUGAAACUAAAACACGAUACAUUCAAAGAGGAACAAGUAGCAUUAUAUGUAUACCAAAUAGCAGAUGCGUUGUCUUAUUUACAUAAUUUUAAUAUUAUACAUAGAGAUUUAAAACCUGAUAAUAUAUUAAUUCAUUAUUCUGAUAGUGAUGUAUAUAGUGAUGAGAAUGUUAGUAAAAUAUACAAAUAUGGUAUUAUUAAAAUAGCUGAUUUUGGUUUUUCUUGUCAAUUAAAAAAUAAAAGACAAAAAAGAAGCACCUUUUGUGGAACUGUAGAUUAUAUGCCUCCAGAAAUUAUAAACCAAAUACCAUAUGGUUGCAAUGCUGAUCUUUGGUGCUUAGGAAUCGUAAUUUUUGAACUUCUCGUUGGGUUCCCUCCUUUCACAGACAACUCACAGGAAAGAAUAUUUGAGCAGAUUAAGGAGUUUGAUUUUCACUUUCCCAAAACCGUUUCGCAAAUGGCACGUGAAUUAAUAUUGAGGCUUUGCAGCCGAAGCUCCGAAGAAAGAAUUUCUGCCGAGGAAGUCAAGUCACACCCUUGGAUAAAACAAUUCUUAUAA